UCGCCGCGGCCGGGAAGGAGGGCGUUCGCGCGGCAGCGCGGCUGGCAUCGGCGGCCGCCCAGUGAGCCCCCGCGCCGAUUGCCCUCUGCGCGCAUCUCUCGGUCCGUCGAUCGGUGGGUUGGCGCGGCCGGCUGGAAGCCUUGACCUCCCGGCACCGUGUGGGAGGCGACAUCAGACCGAUGGCGGCGGCGGCGGCGGCGGCGGCAGCGGCGGCCCUGUCGGCCCUGGGGGUGCGGCUGUCGCGCUCGGCGGCGGCCCGCGGCUCGUACGGCGCCUUCUGCAAGGGGCUCUCACGCACGCUGAUCACCUUCUUCGACCUGGCCUGGCGGCUGCGCACGAACUUCCCCUACUUCUACGUGGUGGCCUCGGUGAUUCUCAACGUCCGCCUGCAGGUACAUAUUUAGAGCAACUAACUUUGUGGCGUUCGGGGAUCCCCGAAGGAUGGCUGGCUUCCACCCCGCGGCUCCCCCGCUCUAGAGCACAGCGGCCAGUAGACUCGCACGCGCAGACUCGCCGGGCUGCCUUUCCACGGCCUUCUCUUUCCAUGUACAUGGGCGGCUAGAAAUCCUCAUUUGCGGAAAGCCUACAGUAUAACCAGAAAAGCCGAAGAUAGAGUGAAAGGGUGAUUCUCUAGGAAAUAGAUAGUUCAAGGAGCCGGAAAGAACUUUAAACUCCGAAGAUCCUCAGAAAUACUUGAGACUUUCUUGCAGCCGUAAAACACACAACAGCCCGAACGGGAGGAACCGAUGGUGGUCUCAGGAUGCCCGAAGGGGGGAAACCAGAGGAGAGGUUACUAACGACCCAGACGUAAACUAACUGCACAACGACGGUCCAACUGGGCAAGGAAAUCUUCCAAGUUAGAGUAAGAUGCGAACAGACUUCCAACAGAAUAUGGACUGAAUUCCAAGCCAUUAGCUGGAUUGCGUUGGAAGCUGGGGGAAAUUAACAACCGGAUCUGGAAGGCAUGCAUGGCCUCAUCCCCAAAGCCAAGUCGGUGGCGAACAGAAACACUACGGCCGCAAAACAAACAUUUCAAACUGGACAAGGAAAGCAGGCUUCGAACAGGAAGCUGCCUCAGACCGGGCCGGGUUUGAACAGCUGCCAGGAGUGGGAGAAAGGGAUCAGCUCGAACACCGAUCGGCACGUGCAGCGCUCGGAGAGACCAGUCAUCCCGUGCAGCUCGGCUCUUCGGCGAACCAUAUUUCAAUAAUCAUUCCGAUGGAAAAAGAAGUUACGGUUUUCCGCUCUUAGACCAAAUCUGUCAGCUAAGCAGGGAAGACUUCAUUCGUGACGGGGCUAGAACCGGAUGGGAAGGUUAGCCCCUUGGACAGUGCGCAGUCCGGGCAACAAGUGGGCAGGCAGAGAGGAGGAAAUGGAGCGGUGGCAUUAUUCUCGGGAAGCAGAAAGUCCAGAUUCUGUCUCUAGUUGAAAGAAUAAGGCAGGUUUAGGGAUCGUAUUAUUAAAGCGAACAAGGUAGCCACCGGGGGAUUUAAAAAUAGUGAUUCAGCCAAUAGUGAGGGGGGAGGGGGUUGCUGGGACAGCGGGAAGUCAAAAUUCCUUAUGUUAUCAAGUCAAAAAAGUAGUAAUAAAAGCAUAUUCUUAAGGAAGAAAGGACCUAACCACUAUACAGACAGGUGUAAACGUUUUUGCCUCUGGCUUAGUUCCCUAAGUUGAGCAGGAUGGGCAGGGAUUUACUUACUUUUCAUUAUAUGCCUUUUUUUCACUAUUGGAUUUUUUGAAAACUAUGUGUGUAUUGCUUUCAUUAAAAAGUAAAACUUACUAAAAACUGAA